UGCCAGUGAGCGCUUAAGUUCUGCAUUCAAACCGUGAUGCUUUUUCCUGCUUCUGUGACGUUGUGGGUUUCCACCUGCGUCCUUCCACUACCACCGCUCAUUUAGAAUGCAGCACACACAGGGCUGAAAGUCUCUCUCUGUUUCCCCAUCUCUCCCCAGCCAAUUAGUUGCAACAACAGAGCAUAACGUGGGUUUUCUUUUUCAAUGCAGCUUGUUGGAGGUGAAAGAACUCUGCCUGGAUAUUCUCUGGAAAACAAGACAAAUCAAACAAUCAAAAAUCAUAAAACUUGCAUCAACUAAAUUCCUGAUGAAGGUGCUAAGCAGCUGCAAUGCACCCAAAACCUUAAAUAUGAGUAGCAUGGAGACUUUGAUUGCAUGCCAGUCAGAGGCUGACAUCAAGAGAUGCCACUUAUUCAUGCCAUGUGAUGAUGAAGAUGGGCCAUGUCACCUGUCUGACAGCAAACAGAAAAGAAAGAAAGUAAUAUCUUGGCCAUUUAUGCUGAGACGGAUAACUGCUGGAUCAGAAACUCUGGGGCAUCUUGAACCUGACUCGAAGCUCUCUCUGUUUGACCAGCCAUUGUCACUUGUUUGCAGCCAGGAAGAUAGGCUGCCCAAACCAAUACAGGAUAUCCUUACAAUACUCUUUCUGCAAGGACCAAGUACUGAAGGAAUAUUCCGGAAAGCUGCCAAUGAGAAGUUACGCAAGGAGCUGAAAGAAGAGUUAAACUCUGGAGGAAAUGUUACCUUUGAAAAUGCAUCUGUACAUUUGUUAGCAGUAGUUUUUAAGGAUUUUCUCCGAAACAUUCCUCACACACUCUUGUUAACUGAGCUUUAUGAUGAGUGGAUGACAGCGAUAGAAAAGACAAACCACCAUGAAAGAACUGAAGCCCUGAAAGAAGUUGCAAACAAGCUCCCAAGGCCGAAUCUUCUUCUGCUCAAGCAUUUGCUAUGUGUUCUCCACCACAUCAGUAAAAGCUCUGAUGUCAACAAAAUGGAUUCUAGCAAUCUUGCCAUUUGCUUUGGGCCAACUAUACUGACACCAGAUUGUGACCAAAGUCUGCCCCUUGAAGUCCAGAAAGGGCUGACAGAUAAGGUGAAAAUGUUGGUGGAAUUCCUCAUUGACAAUUGUUCUGAAAUAUUUGGGGAAGAAAUCUGUUCAUUAUUCUGUAUUUCUGCUGAUGAUUCCUUGGACAAGUCAGAAAUGAUGUCUGCAAACCAGCAACAUGACUCUGCCUAUGGGAGUACAGACUUUGAUGGAGAAUGUAAUUCCAGUGAUUCUCAGCCUAAUGAUCUGCCACAAGCCAAUGAACCGGCCAGCACACCAAGUGGUACAGAGUUAUACUUGCAACAACGACUAGCCCAGACUCCUUCUGUCUCCUCAUUGACCCGAUUCAAACAAUCAAUAAGCAAACUGGAUAGAAGGUUCUCUGAACCAGACAUGUUUUCUUCUAAAGGCCCUCAGGAAGGCUGUACGAGGAGCCAGAAGCUAACCAAUAGUGAGGACAAUGUCAUUCAGCAGGAGGAACUGGCAUUGAAAUGUCAAGGACCAACAGCGCCAAUGAUGAGAGAGUCCUAUCUUUCAGGCCUCUAUAGGAACAAAAAGCCACCCCAACUAUCAAUAAAAGCUGACUUGCGCUCAGAAUUGUCAAGUGGUUCUUUGCCGAGGACAUCUUCCAACAGCUCACUUGACAGCACCUCCUCAAUCUCAGACAGUUCUGUUUUCACCAGCUCGCCACUAACAUCACCUUUGGCCAUCCAGAAAAAUGCCAUAACGCGGCCACAGUCCUUUUCCACCAAGACUUCAAAGGAAAGUGACACAUCCAGCAGAGAGCUCAAAAAACAUUCAAUGUCCUUUUCAGUAGCAACUUGCAAAAAGGUGCUAACAAAAAUGCAAAGUUGCAGUGUGAGUGGCUUUCAAGGGGACGGUUUCAAAAAUGACCCUGUGAAAGAGAGACAUCUUUCCUGCCAGAUUAUUCAUGCCACUAGGGCUGGUCAGUGCAAGACACAGUUGUCCACAGGGUGUCAACAGAGGCCUCGUUUCCUGUCAGCUGAUGAGGUGUUUCGACUUGUGGAUCAAAAGACUCCCAGGAAGCCCCCAUCCUAUGAAGAGGCCACCAAAAACUGCUUAGCUGCUAGACUGCCUUCCUACAGUAGCUUAACAGAUCAAAAUUUGAGACCCAGCAUGCUGCCUCUCAACCAUAAGCCCCAUUUUCCAAGGCACAAAAAGGAAGGCCCUUUUCAUGGGAAGCCUCCUGAGAUCAUUGGCUCUAAGGACAAACUGCCACCUGUUGAUGUUGUAAUUGGAAUACAUUCCAGGGCUAAUCUGCCUCUCACCCCUCAAGUCUACCGUCUCAGGACCAUGUCUGGGUCUUAUCAAAAGAACAAACACGAAUACUUGGUGCGGAGAUGCAGUCAGCCAGCUUUUGACCACAUACAGUGUGCUAAAGAAUCCUAUGUUUGACUGGAUCUUUCCCAUUUAUGCCCAAAUGUGUAUGGUACAAUUGGCAUGAAAGCGUAUCUUUGGACACAUAUGGCUGCUUCUAACAUAAACUAAUUUGUUUAUAUUUAAUACAAAGAAAAGCACAAAGGAAUAUGAUUGUUUUUCUGCAAGUGUGCAAAUCUUGUACAUAAUGUAUAUAUUUGUGCUCAUCAAUGCCUGUGAAUUUUAAAGGCACAUUUUUAAAGUCAAGCAAAAGAACUAGCACUUUUAUCUAUAUUGCUUUUAGCAAAGUCAUACAUCGUAUGAGUCAUUAUUUUCCAAGUCUACACGGGCAAGCUAAAGACAUUACAGGAAUGUUAUAGGUACUCUAAUAAAGAAGUCUUUUCUAAGCUAGCACCCUCCAGAUGUGUUGGGUUACAAUCCUCAUUGUCCUCAGCCUGAAUAGGAGUGUUGGCUGGGGAUGAUGGAUAAUAUAGUCUAGUCUAAGACACCUGAAGGAUACCAGGUGGGGGAAAUUUGCUGUAGUCUAUCUUAAUCCUAGAACAAAGUAAAAUUAUUUUUACAUGUCUAGUGAUACUGCUUUGUCUGGUUUUACAUUAUUCAAACUACCAUGGUUUUUACUGCUUCCUUUUCUGAUGCUAUUUCCAACUGAAAUAAACCUCAAUUGUACAAAAUUGUUUCUGCCAAAAAUGUAGGAUCCUCUUUCUGAGUCUUUGUUACCCUUAAAUGUCCCAGUAGAUAAAUAUUGUCUGUUUCAUAUAUCAGUGUACACUAAACAACUAUAUACUUGUAUAUAUGUGCAAGGAUUAUGAUACUUAAAUAAGAACAUACCUUCCUUUUU